GACGAGAGAGAUGCGAAUCGAAUCGUCUGAUCAGACUUACCAGAGGGACCGAAGGAAUCGAAUGCUUGGAUUGAGCAGCGUCUGUGGCCGAGUACGGUCGCGGCUAGUCAAUCGAGCUGGAUUCUUCCAGCGUGUGUUGCGAUUUCGCAACAAGCUGAAGGCCUAGUUUACGUUUGCGAAA